AUGUCGGACACCAAGGGUCCCCAUGUCCCUGCGGCGCCGCCGCCGCCGGCUGGCUUGUACCAAGACGACGAGCCGCUGCAGCGCCCGACCGCCCCGGCGCAGGCCCCGGCAGCCAACGGCGGGCUGGUCCUCAGCACGCAGUGCGAGUUCCCGGCCCUGGCGAGGGCCGCGUCCCGCGACAGAUUCACGGUGCUCGUGCACGCCAAGGCGCCGUCCAACGUGGCGCGCGCGCCGCUCGACCUCGUCACCGUACUCGACGUCAGCGGCAGCAUGAAGGACGAGAAGCUAGCGCUGGUGAAGCAGGCGAUGUGCUUCGUCAUCGACCAACUCGGCCCCGCCGAUCGCCUCUCCGUCGUCACCUUCUCCAACGACGCCAGCCGCCUGACCCGCCUCGCGGGCAUGUCGGACGCGGGGAAGGCCUCGGCGAAGAUCGCCGUGGAGUCGCUUGCUGUCCAGGGGUCCACCAACAUCAGGCAGGGCCUCCGUGUGGGCGCCGAGGUACUUGCCGGCCGCCGGGAGAAGAACGCUGUCGCCGGCAUGAUCCUUCUCUCGGACGGGCAGGAAAACUGCGGCGGUACAAGCGUCAGGCCCGACGGCACCAAGAGCUACGUCAACCUCGUGCCGUCCUCGUUCACGGGAGCCGGCAGCAGCAGCCGGCCCGCGCCGAUCCACACGUUCGGCUUCGGCACCAACCACGACGCCGCCGCGAUGCACGCCAUCGCGGAGGCCACGGGCGGCACCUUCUCGUUCGUCGGGAACCAGGCGGCGAUCCAGGACUCGUUCGCGCGCUGCGUCGGCGGGCUCCUCUCGGUGGCCGUGCAGGAGGCGCGCGUCGCCGUCACGUGCCUGCACAGGGGCGUCCAUGUCCAGGAAGUCAAGUCCGGCGCCUACGGCAGCCACGUGGGCGCCGAUGGCCGCGCCGCCUCCAUCGACGUCGGCGAGCUCUACGACGGCGAGGAGAGGCGGUUCCUGGUGCUCGUGUACGUGCCGAGGGCCCGGCCGACGGAGGAGGUGACCCGCCUCGUCAAGGCGAGCUGCACCUACCGAGAGGCCGCGAUGGGGCAGGCGCGCCAGGUCGCCGCGCGCGCCGCUGUGGUCCAGAGGCCGCUGGACCUGACGACGCUGCCUGCCCCGUCCUUGGACGUGGAGCGGGAGCGCGUGCGCCUCGCGGCGGCCGAGGACAUCGCGGCCGCGCGGGUGGCCGCGGACGGCGGGCAGAACGCCGGCGCCGCACGGAUCCUCGAGUCCCGGCUCAAGGCCGUGGAGCAGUCGGCGCCGGGCGCGGCCGGCAACGACCCCACGUGCGAGGCGAUCAAGGAGGAGCUGCGCGACCUCAGCGCCCGCGUGGGCAACCGGGCGGAGUACCAGCAGACGGGUCGCGCGUGCCUGCUGGCCGGCAUGAGCGCGCACGCGCAGCAGCGCGCCUCGGGGACGGACGUGCAGUCGUCGUCAAGCAAGGGUAGUAGCGCGUACCUGACUCCCAAGAUGGAGGAGAUGGUGGAGAUCUCGCGUGAGAGCAGCAGGAAGCGUGGCGGCGGCAGCAGCCAGCAGCCCGUCGGCACGUCGGGGCAGGUCAAACAGGCUAAGAUAGAAGAGGUGAUUACAAACAUCCAGUCUGAGGCAAUUUUCUCGUGGAAGCCCGAGGUGAAUGAGAGGGAGCAGAGAGACGAAGCUGUCCCUCUGGCCUGCUGCGCCAAGCCCGUGGACAUCUUCCUGCGCCUGUGGAGCUCGGACAUCGGGGACUCCUUCCGCCGGAACCGCAAGACGGCGGGGGUGCCCGCGCUUCUUCCUCCGGCGCCCGUCGUCAAGAGGAAGCAUGAGGCGAUGAUGAUCAAGCAGGAGCCGCAGGCGCUGCUGCUCGGCCCCGGGGACGACUUCUCGGCGGCGUCCAACGAGACAGAGGUGGCGGAGGCGCUGGAGGAGUACCAGAUGUUCCUCGACUUCGCCGGCGAAGAGCUGGGACUGUUCCAUGGCCGUAAUGCUCUUGGCCGGCUGCUCUACUGCUUCUGCUUGCCUGGUAGUGUUUGCUGGCGCACGGUGAAGCAGCUACUGGCCGCGUGGCGAACCUGCUUGCCUGAUAGCCGGCUGCAUGCUACUGUGCUGAUGGCCGGGAAGCUGACCGUCGCCGCCUGA